UCGCUUUCGAUUUCAAUACUAUUUGGAGGCUCGAUGAGGGGAUGCAACCCAAAAGAACCCGAAGAGAGUAUAAAAGUUGCAGCCACAGCCGAUUCGAACCACAGUCACUUGAGCAAUGAAAAUCCUUUUGGUCCUGGUUAUUAGCCUCAUGGCAAUCGCCUGCCUGGCCGAUGUUUCCCACGUGAAACACCACAAGCACCAGCGGCAUCAUCAUUCCAGGGAGCACGAGGAUGACGAAGAGGACUCCCAUUACCUCCCUCCCCAGGAGGAGAAGGAGGUGGAGCAACCCUACUACAAGAAAGAAAGACACACCAGCGAAGUGGUUUACCAGAAGGAAGAGGAGCACGAGGAGCCCAAGCAGUACAGGGAAUACCAUCACGAGGAGCCGAAGAAGCAACGAGUGGAUCACUACCAUCACUAUGACAAGAAGCCUGAGGUGAAGACCCAGCACAUCCACUACAAGCACAGCAAGCCCCAAGUUCGCACGGAUUACCCUAGGGAUCUGUUCACCCCGGCUGCUACUCAGGUGGUUUAUCGCCGGCGUCGUCCGACUCGUAUCCUAUAUGCCAGUGCCCCCAACUCGGUGUUCCACACCCACACCCAGAUCAAUGUGCAAUCCCAGGACUCGGAGUUAAACUCCCUCACUCGACCGGAUGGGGCGGCGGGAGCACAGGAUCCAUCAGCAGCUCAAGCGCCAACUGGAGCCCAGGCACCAGGCUUUCGACCCAACUGCCAGUUCAUUGGACCUGGAAAUGUCCCACCUGGCUGUGGACCCUCUGACCCGCUAGGUGCUCAGCUGCCUGCUAGUGCUCUCGCCCCCACUGGGGGUAAUCUUCCUGCCAAUCAACCUGUUCCUGGUGGUCAACUGGCUGUUCUGGGCAAUGGAGAGCGUCCUCCAUCGCGUCCAGGUGGCUAUGGAGGAGGAUUUGGAGGAGACAAGCGGCUUAACUUUUUCUCGGAUCCCUCGCUGGGGGCUCAGCUGGGAGUCUUAGGGAAUGCAGCAGCUGGAAAUCAACAGAUUGCUGGAGGAGGAGGUCAGUUGGCAGGAGGAGCUCAGCUCGGAACUGGUCAAGGAUUUGACCCUUCUUUAGGAGCCCAGGCAGCUGCAGGUGCGCCAUAUAACCCAUCUUUCGGAGCUGGUCAGGCCCAAAGACCUCUGCAAAACCAAUAUGAUCCCAGCUUGCAGCUAGGUGGACCCUUUGAUCCCUCUUUGGGAUCUCAACUGGCAGCAGGUCAAGGUGUUUCGAAUCAGAGACCUUAUGAUCCUUCUUUCGGAGCUCAACUGGGAACUGGACAGGGCGUUCCAAGCCAGAGACCCAAUGGUCAGGUGCCUUUUGAUCCCGCUUUGGGAGCCCAACUUGGAGCUGCCCAGGGAGUUCCCAACCAGCGACCCAAUCCUCGAGCAGGAGCUCAACUGGCAGCUGGUCAGGCAGUUUUUGACCCGAAUCAAGGGCAGUUUGACCCUUCUAUUGGAGCUCAGUUGGCGGCGGGACAAGUGCCACGACUCAACAACCGACGUCCCACAAAUCGAUCCAACUACCAGGGUCUUAAUGUGCUUAAUGGAAACGUUUUUGGUCAGCCCCAUCUCCAGGGACCCACGAACACGCUGGGAAAUCAGCAGGAUACCAACAUUAUCGACGGCAACUUCUACAGCGAUCCACAUCAUGGUCAUCAGCGAGCUUUUGUUUCAGUUAAUCCCAAUCAGCGUUCAGUUCUGAUACCAGAUGAUGAUGAUGUGGAUGACGAUGGGCAGGCUGGAGGUUUCCUGGGAUUUGCGGCCAGUAACCGACAAUCUUCCUAUGUGAUUGCUCCUAAGAAACACCGUUCCCAUAAAAGCAGUUCCAAGCGUAGGACUGAGGAUCUGGGAACUUCAGCCUCCCAGUAUGAUACCGAUUAUCGUGAAGAUGGCUAUCACUAUAAGAAGCCCAAGCAUUCCUUCGAGUUUUAAACUUUAUAAAGACAAAACAUUUUAUAUCCAAAAUUAAAUCAUACUUAGCAGCAUUUGCUACAAAAG